AUGAGAACAGCGAGGCACCGGCGGCCCUUCCAGCGGUUCUGCUGCUGCGGAGUCGGGCUGCUCGCCGUCUUGUGGCUCGCUCAGGUCGUCCGCUCACCAGAGGUUACCAAGUUUACCAAACCAUCACCAGGCGCGUCGCGACGGACACGCGGCCUCAUGCAGAUGACUGACAACCAGACUGUGGAAGAACAUCGAGCAGCCAUCCAUGAGUUUCCAGAAGACAUCUUCACCAAGGAGCAGAGGAAAAAUGGAGCAGUAUUACUUCAUGUCCUCUGUGCCAUCUACAUGUUCUACGCUUUGGCCAUUGUCUGCGACGACUACUUUGUUCCUUCCCUCGAGAAAAUAUCUGAGAAUCUACAGCUGAGUGAGGAUGUUGCCGGGGCAACGUUCAUGGCAGCAGGAAGCUCUGCUCCGGAGCUCUUCACCUCGCUCAUUGGCGUCUUCAUCACUAAAGGAGACGUCGGCGUGGGCACCAUUGUCGGCUCGGCCGUCUUCAACAUCCUGGUCAUCAUUGGCCUGAGCGGCAUCUUUGCAGGCCAGACGGUGAAGCUGACGUGGUGGUCGUUGUUUCGAGACUCCUCCUAUUACAUCCUAGCAGUGCUGGCACUCAUUGGGGUAAUUUAUGAUGCUGUGGUCCUCUGGUGGGAGUCCUUACUCCUCAUGACCAUGUACGCCGUCUACAUUGUCAUCAUGAAGUUCAACACUCGCCUUCUGACAUUUGUGACGCGGCGGUUCCGGCACGCCGGGCCAUGUUGCGUCGUGUCGGAUGACGGCAGAGAGGACAAAAUAGCAGAUGACGCGCCGGCCGGCCGCACUGCCUUGGCCCUCUUAAACAAAGCUCAAGUCCAUCAUGAGGAGAGCACCCCAGUUAUCAUGGUGGAUGAACUUCUCAUCCUCAGUCCUCACAAACUCUCCUUCUCUGAAGCCGGCCUGCGCAUUAUGAUCACGCCACACUUCUCGCCUCGCACGAGACUCUCCAUGGCGGGACGUGUGCUAAUCAGCGAGAGGCAGAGGCUUAUCCGGAGUUCCGCUAACUCUCGGGGCAGCGGGGCCAGCCCGGGUUCCGCCCAUAGCCUGAAGAGGACGGGCUCCUGCGCUUUGGAAAACGGGGACGGCUUGGGACACGGUGAUUCCGGAGACAAACCGGAAGCGGACGAAGAUGACGACGGCGGCUUCAACCCCUUGCGCGUUCCAGCCGGCUGCUCCGCAAGGGUCAAGUGGCUCGUUACGUGGCCGCUGGGUCUUCUGCUUUACUGCACGGUGCCCAACUGUGUCGUCCCGCGAUGGCACCGCUGGUUCAUGGUCACUUUUGUGGCCUCCACGCUGUGGAUCGCAGUCUUUUCCUACCUCAUGGUGUGGAUGGUCACCAUUGUGAGCUUCACCUUAGACAUCCCCGACUACAUUAUGGGAAUCACCUUCCUGGCAGCCGGCACCAGCGUGCCCGACUGCAUGGCCAGCCUCAUCGUCGCCAGACAAGGCAUGGGGGACAUGGCCGUAUCCAACUCCAUCGGCAGCAACAUCUUUGACAUCCUGCUCGGUUUGGGUUUCCCGUGGGCUUUACGGACCCUCGUGGUAGACCACGGCUCAUCCGUGUCCAUCAACAACAAAGGGCUGGUUUAUUCUGUCGUCCUGCUGCUGGCCUCUGUAUUCCUCACUGUGACGAGCGUUCAUCUGAAUCGCUGGAGGCUGGAUCGCCGCCUGGGUUUGGGCCUCUUGUUCCUCUACGCGAUUUUCCUGCUCUGCUCCAUCCUCUUUGGGCACAUGUGA